GACUCAAAUCCAUUCUCUUCGAUUCAAUCAGAGAUUAUCAUCCCUCUCUCUCUCUCUCUUUCUCAGGUAACCAUUUUCUCUUCACUCCUCUUGGGUAGCUUUGCUCUUUUGCUAAUGAUUUAUGCUUCUGGUUCUCAAAUUCCUCUUGGUUCACUUCGUUUAUGCUUGUGGAUCUGUUUUUGAUUCUGGGUAUUUCAUUUUAUCUGCUAGUUUUAAUCUUUCUUGUAGUUCAUAUGAAUUAAAUCUUGAAUUUUGACUAUUGUUUAAUUUGUGAGAUUUUAGUCGGGGUUUUGUGGUUUAAGGUUGCAGAUCUGAGUUCUGGUACCUUAGAUUUUAUCAAGAAUGAUUGGUAAAGUUUUGAUCUUUAUUAGUUUUCAAAUCCUCAUUGGUUCCGUGAUUGAUCUGUGCUAUGCAGCUUGAAGAAAUGGAGACUUUCCUAUUUACCUCUGAGUCAGUGAACGAGGGACACCCUGACAAGCUCUGUGAUCAAAUCUCCGAUGCGGUCCUUGAUGCCUGCUUAGCUCAGGACCCUGAGAGCAAGGUCGCUUGUGAGACCUGCACCAAGACCAACAUGGUUAUGAUCUUUGGUGAGAUUACUACCAAAGCUAAUGUGGACUACGAGAAGAUCGUGCGUGACACUUGCCGGGACAUCGGAUUCACCUCUGAUGAUGUGGGUCUUGAUGCAGACAAGUGCAAGGUUCUAGUUAACAUUGAACAACAGAGCCCUGAUAUUGCUCAAGGUGUUCAUGGACAUCUCACCAAGAGGCCUGAGGAAAUUGGUGCUGGUGAUCAGGGUCACAUGUUUGGCUAUGCCACUGAUGAGACCCCUGAAUUGAUGCCACUUAGCCAUGUUCUUGCAACCAAGCUCGGUGCUCGUCUGACAGAAGUGCGCAAGAAUGGUACCUGCCCCUGGCUCAGGCCUGAUGGCAAGACCCAAGUGACUGUUGAGUAUUACAAUGACAAUGGUGCCAGGGUCCCUGUUCGUGUGCACACUGUUCUGAUUUCAACUCAGCACGAUGAGACUGUGACCAAUGAUGAGAUUGCCGCUGAUUUGAAGGAGCAUGUGAUCAAGCCUGUUGUUCCUGAGAAGUAUCUUGAUGAGAAGACCAUUUUCCACUUGAACCCAUCUGGGCGUUUUGUCAUUGGAGGUCCCCAUGGUGAUGCCGGUCUCACUGGCCGUAAGAUCAUCAUUGACACUUAUGGUGGAUGGGGUGCUCAUGGUGGUGGUGCUUUCUCCGGCAAAGACCCCACAAAGGUGGAUCGCAGUGGUGCAUACAUUGUCAGGCAGGCUGCAAAGAGCAUUGUGGCUAGUGGGCUGGCAAGAAGGUGCAUUGUCCAGGUUUCUUAUGCCAUUGGUGUGCCUGAGCCAUUGUCUGUCUUUGUUGACACUUAUGGCACCGGAAAGAUCCCGGACAAGGAGAUUCUCAAGAUUGUGAAGGAAAACUUUGAUUUCCGGCCUGGAAUGAUUUCCAUCAACCUUGAUCUUAAGAGAGGUGGCAAUGGCAGGUUCUUGAAGACCGCUGCCUAUGGGCAUUUUGGCAGAGAUGAUCCAGAUUUCACAUGGGAGGUGGUCAAGCCACUCAAGUGUGAUAAAGUCCAGGCAUAAAGAGAUUAACUUCCUUAUGGUAUAAUUACCAUUGAUUAAUUACUUUGCUUAUGCUCUCAAUUCUGGGGCCCUUCCUAUUAAGUCGUAUUUUUUGCUCAUUUUAUGUGAUAUUAGAAUGAUUCAAUUAGUUUCUUCGCAUGAGGCUUUUUUUUUUAAUUAUUAUUAUUAGGGCAAGAGGCUGGGGGGAGGGGGAGGGGGAGGGGGAGGAGGGUGAGGAGGGAUGGAACAGUUGCCAUGGUGAAGAAGGUUUACAUUAAACUGCUGGGCCACUGGGCCAGGAGGCCUUCUUCUUAGCAUGAGGCAUAUUGAGAGGAGAAUUUUAAAAAGGAAACUAUGUGUUCUUAUUUUUGUUUGUGAUUGCCACUCAGAGAUAAUGAAUAAAUGAAGAUUUCAUUUGGUGACAAAACUUCUACCACAUCAUAUAAUAUAAAGUGGUUUGUAUCAUUUUACUAUUAGUCUUAUUAUUGCUUGGCUUGGGAAUUGGGAUCAUGACACACCGCCAUGCCUCCCUUGCUGCAAUCAAUAAGUGGUGCCAGCUGGUUAUGCAUCGGUGGGAAUAAAAAAAAAAAAAAAAAACUUAUGGACAGCUUCAUCACCUGAGAAUGAACUUAAAUUGAAGGGCAAAAAAAAAAAAAAAAUGUUGGAUUCUUCCUUGAAUUGCAUUUCCCCCCACGUUGUUUUCUGUCCAUGGCACACAGCCACAAGGCAGCGGUGGAAUACAUUACUUGAGACAUUAACAUGUCACUGAAAUUUCAGUUUCAUUGGUCCACGCUGCAAUAUGAUUGAUCCACAGCUACUUUUAAGAAUAAAGCAAAUUUGGACGAGAAAGGGUUUUGCUCAAGCUUAAGACCCUGCUUGUGUUUCUUUAAUUAUCUAAUCAGAGACUUGGUUUAGUUCUUCAAAACUCAUAAACAUUACUAAUAAAUCAAUGGAUCAUGG